AUGUCCUACCCGCAGGGCUACUUGUACCAGCCGUCCGCCUCGCUAGCCCUUUACUCGUGCCCCGCGUACAGCACCAGCGUCAUCUCGGGGCCCCGCACGGAUGAGCUCGGCCGCUCGUCGUCGGGCUCCGCGUUCUCGCCCUACGCCGGCUCCACCGCCUUCACGGCGCCCUCGCCGGGCUACAACUCGCACCUCCAGUACGGCGCCGACCCAGCCGCGGCCGCGGCAGCCGCCUUCUCUUCGUAUGUGGGCUCUCCCUAUGACCAUACACCGGGCAUGGCAGGAUCCUUGGGGUACCACCCUUACGCGGCGCCCCUGGGCUCAUACCCUUACGGGGACCCGGCGUACCGAAAGAACGCCACUCGAGACGCCACCGCUACCCUCAAGGCCUGGCUCAACGAGCACCGCAAGAACCCCUACCCCACCAAGGGCGAGAAGAUCAUGCUGGCCAUCAUCACCAAGAUGACCCUCACCCAGGUGUCCACCUGGUUCGCCAACGCGCGCCGGCGCCUCAAGAAGGAGAACAAGAUGACAUGGACUCCGAGGAACCGAAGCGAGGACGAGGAGGAGGAAGAGAACAUUGAUCUGGAGAAGAACGACGAGGAUGAGCCUCAGAAGCCUGAGGACAAGGGCGACCCCGAGGGCCCCGAAGCAGGAGCGGAGCCGAAAGCGGCUUCGGGCUGCGAAAGGCUGCAGGGGCCGUCCACUCCUGCCGGCAAGGAGACCGAGGGGAGCCUCAGCGACUCGGAUUUUAAGGAGCCGCCAUCCGAGGGCCGCCUCGACGCGCUGCCUGGGCCCCCCCGCGCCAGCGGGCCCUCCCCGGCCGGGCCAGCGGCGGCGCGGCUGGCCGAGGACCAAGGUCCUCACUACCCCUCGGGCGCGCCGGCUGCGGGCCCUCACCCAGCCGCGGGAGAGCUGCCCCCCGGCCCCGGCGGGCCCUCGGUCAUACACUCGCCGCCACCGCCGCCGCCGCAGGCGGUGCUCGCCAAGCCCAAACUGUGGUCUCUGGCAGAGAUCGCCACAUCCUCGGACAAAGUCAAGGACGGGGGCGGCGGGAGCGAGGGCUCUCCGUGCCCACCGUGCCCCGGGCCAGUAGCCGGGCAAGCCCUUGGAGGCAGCCGCGCGUCGCCGGCCCCGGCGCCAUCGCGCUCCCCCUCAGCGCAGUGUCCCUUUCCAGGCGGGACGGUACUGUCCCGGCCUCUCUACUACACGGCGCCCUUCUAUCCUGGCUACACGAACUAUGGCUCCUUCGGACACCUUCAUGGCCAUCCGGGGCCCGGGCCAGGCCCCACAACCGGUCCGGGCUCGCAUUUCAAUGGAUUAAACCAGACGGUGUUGAACCGAGCGGACGCUUUGGCUAAAGACCCGAAAAUGUUGCGGAGCCAGUCUCAGCUAGACCUGUGCAAAGACUCUCCCUAUGAACUGAAGAAAGGUAUGUCCGACAUUUAACGCGGGCUGCGUCGGUCCCGGACUUUCGUAAUUUAUUAAAAACCAUGGCCUUGGCAGUUAUUUUUCCAUCAACAAGAGAGAGAAAAAAAAAACUACCCCUCCUAUUAAAAAGUUUAUAGUUCAUGGAGAUGGAUGACAUAAAAAUGUAAACCUCUCCACACACACAAAAAUGUCUUAACCAACCGAAAAGAAAAAUUAAAAAAGGAUUUGUAUUAAAUCUUAUUCUGUAUAUUUAAUGUAGCAUUUUGUAUUUAAAUUGAUAAUUCAAUAUCUUUGAAGUAAAUUAUGAAAUUAAGACACCUGUACAGGCAUUUAAUGUUUUUUUUGUAAUAUAAGUAUAUACAUUUGUGUU